AUGAUGUGGGGUCCAGGCAGCUCGCUGGCCUGGCUCUCAGCUGGUCCAGGCACUGUGAAUGUGAGCACCGCAGACCCAGAAGAGGGGCCCACUGGCCCAGCUGCACUGCUGCCCUCACCCAGAGCCUGGGAUGUGGUGCUGUGCAUCUCAGGCACCCUGGUGUCCUGCGAGAAUGCACUGGUGGUGGCCAUCAUCGUGGGCACCCCUGCCUUCCGGGCCCCCAUGUUCCUGCUGGUGGGGAGCCUGGCUGUGGCAGAUCUGCUGGCAGGCCUGGGCCUGGUCCUGCACUUUGCUGCUGUCUUCUGCAUUGGCUCAAUGGAGAUGAGUCUGGUGCUGAUUGGUGUGCUGGCAAUGGCCUUUACUGCCAGCAUCGGCAGCCUGCUGGCCAUCACUGUGGAUCGCUACCUUUCUUUGUACAAUGCCCUCACUUACUACUCAGAGACAACCGUGACUCGGACCUAUGUGAUGCUGGUCCUGGUGUGGGGGAGCGCCCUGGGCCUGGGGCUGCUGCCUGUACUGGCCUGGAACUGCUUGGAUGGCCUGACCACGUGUGGUGUGGUAUAUCCACUCUCCAAGAACCAUCUGGUGGUCCUGGCUAUUGCCUUCUUCAUGGUGUUUGGCAUCAUGCUGCAGCUCUAUGCCCAGAUCUGUCGCAUUGUCUGCCGCCAUGCCCAGCAGAUUGCCCUCCAGCGGCACCUGCUGCCUGCCUCCCACUACGUGGCCACCCGCAAGGGUAUUGCCACACUGGCCGUGGUGCUUGGCGCCUUUGCUGCCUGCUGGUUGCCCUUCACCGUCUACUGCCUGCUGGGUGACGCCAACUCCCCAUACCUCUACACCUAUCUCACCCUGCUCCCUGCCACUUAUAACUCCAUGAUCAAUCCCAUCAUCUACGCCUUCCGCAACCAGGAUGUGCAGAAGGUGCUGUGGGCCGUUUGCUGCUGCUGUUCCUCUUCCAAGAUCCCCUUCCGGUCCCGUUCUCCCAGUGAUGUCUAGCUAUG